AUUCUCUCUAUUCACCCUUUUCCUCUUCGUAUUGGAUUCGUGGUUUUGAUCUGUGGGUUUUGAAGUUCAGUUAGGGUUUUAUGUUGGUAUUUAUGAAUUCGAGGUUAGAGAGGAGUCGAACUAUAUAUUUGGGUGUUGAUUGAAACUUUGUUUGUUUGCUGCUUGAAUCUAACCCGAAGUAGUUCAAUCUGAAGAUUCUAAGGAAAGUAGAGUGUAAUAAGCAUCGGAAAGCUUUAUGAAGUAGGAGGGUAAUAGUGUGGUGAUAUUUUGAGUGCAGAUAACAAUCCAAGGAAUUGCUAGUUAGCAAGGAUUUUCUCUUGAUAAUUCUUCGCCACCAGAAAAAAGGAAAAAAAAAACUUUUGAUAGGAGCUAUAAUUCACUCCAAAGAAAUGAUUGCAGUAGAAAAAGGAGUGGAAAUUUUUAGGAUAUGGUUUGGAAAUUGGAACUGGAGGAAAAUAAGAUUGACAGGUUAUGGAAUGCCUAAUUAAUCACAUUUAGGUGCGCAGUUAAAUAUGUACUUUUAGUGUCGGAUAUUUGAUAAUAUUGCUUGCACAUGAAAUCCAUGUUGUUGGAUGGUGUUCAUUAUUAUGAAAUGCUAGUUUAAACCUAGAGAUUUUAAUAUUUCUUGCUAGGCUACGAUUUUCUAAGUAUUUAUGUAUGUGUCAGUCAUGUCAAUCUUGGUUAGUAGGAAAGGUGCAUUUAAUGGUACAAGUUUAACAUUCGAUGAGCUUUAUGAUUUAUAAAGAACUUUUGAGAUGCCUCAUAAGAAUUUUUGCAGUUAUUAGUGUGGAGGCAUUGGGUAUUGAAUUUGUUGCCUUAAGGUUCAGACAUCACUUGGUUCAUCACCUAGAAGUUGGAGACUUUAUCUGCCUCUCGUUAUUGCUCAGUUGCUUGAAAAUAUCUUGAACCACUUAAAAUCUACUUGUAAUUGUGGUAAAGGCGUUGGAAUGAUCGGUUUAGUUAUGGUUCCUAGGACCCUUACCAUUUCUCUUGUGCAUCAUUUUAUAGGUACAGAUCGUCUGCCGAUUUUGUUGUGCAAGUUGAUGAUUAAAAUCAUGUUAUAAAUAUUAUAGAAUGCUUAUCAAGUAGAUUUGCAAGGUUUCGACAAUUUAACUAGUUACAUUAAUGUGCUAUCUGUAGCAGGGUAUUGAUACUCUUGACUUGCACGCCUAGUUGAAGCUAAGGAACUACUUAGACAAACUGUGAUAGUGCAUGAAACAUGAUUAUGCUGCUCCCAACAAACUUCUACUUUACUGUAAAGCGUCUCACUUCAUUAUAGCAUGCAUAUUGCAGAUCGAUUCUUUGUCCAUUUUAGAUCAGCUUAUCAGCUUAUCAAAAUUGUAUGAAGAAAUUCACGCCCAAGUUUAUAUGUUUGAAGGAAGAUCUCUCUAUCCUUUACACAAAACAAUCAAUUCCAUUCUAUAUGCAUUCUAGGUACUGAAUCGAAAGCUUGUGCAUAUAAGCGUCGGGAUGGUAUUCUUGCUUUUCUGGCCUCUGUUCAGCUCAGGAAGCUAUGCUCCAUUUUUUGCGGCACUAGCACCAGGGAUCAACAUUAUAAGGAUGCUUCUAAUAGGACUUGGUAUAAUGAGAGAUGAAUCUGUCGUCAAAUCAAUGAGCAGACACGGAAAUUAUAGAGAACUUCUGAAGGGUCCAUUAUACUAUGCUUGCACCAUAACAUUGGCUACCGCGAUAUUUUGGCGGACGUCUCCCUUAGCAAUAGCCGCAAUCUGCAACUUGUGUGCUGGAGACGUAGAUCUGAUGUGUGCCCAUGGAAAAAGGCCAUUUUCUAGGUGGUGCUUCGAAAAAUGCGUGGCUGACAUAGUAGGACGACAAUUCGGAAAGGAAAAACUUCCCUACAAUCCCUCCAAGUCCUACGCGGGCAGCCUUGCGAUGUUUCUCGCAGGCUUCAUAUCUUCUAUCGGGUACAUGCAUUACUACCAUUCAUUCGGGUUCGUCGAGGAGAGCUGGUUCAUGGCUCUGGGGUUCUCUCUCGUGUCUCUUGCGACGGCUUUUGUCGAGUCGCUCCCCAUCAGUUCGGAGCUCGACGACAAUUUGACGUGUAAAGCACCUUUUCCAUGGAGAAGGGAAGAGUUGGUAGUAGUGACUUGCCCCUUACUGAUCAAAUAAUGAAGCGAAAUAAUGGUGUAAGAGUCCCAAAAGGAUUUCGCAAUGAUUGUGAGACAACCUCUUUAUUUUCUACUCUCCACCGUUUGUACCCUAAGGCCUACCCUGGACGUGACAGCGAAUUGGUCCAUCACACGUGAUAUGAGUGUCCUCGUAUAGCUUUUGUUGCAAUCAAGGGCGGCAAAUCAUUCAUGUUGGGUUGUCUACUAUUUGCUGAUGAAAAAAAAGUUACUCGUACACUGCA